AAGUCAGUUGCCAAAGUUCAGGACUUGUUUUAUGUAUUUUGGUUCUGCUACAGCGUGAAACACUGAGCUGACAGUUUGAAAAUGGGAGGAGUUUUAUGUUCAGACAUGGGUGGGACCAAUAACCAGACCACCAUUGCAGAUCUAAAGCAAGACUUUGAGGCCUUAAGGAAGGAGAACUUGAAACAAGGAGUACUUUUCUGUGACCCAACUUUCCCAGCUGGACCCAAAUCUUUAGGCUUCAAUGAACUCGGGCCAAGCUCUAUCAAAGCCUUCGGAGUGGAAUGGAAGAGGCCCAAAGACCUGUGCUCAAGCCCUCAGUUCAUCAUUGAUGGAGCUACAAGGACCGACAUUUGCCAAGGAGAGCUAGGUGACUGCUGGCUGAUGGCGGCUAUUGCCUCUCUGACUUUGGACAAAGACAUUUUAGCACGUGUGAUUCAUCCAGAACAGAACUUCACGGACAACUACGCCGGCAUCUUUCACUUUCAGUUGUGGCAGUAUGGGAAAUGGGUUGACGUUGUCAUUGAUGACUUGCUGCCCACCAGAAAGGGACAGCUGCUGUUUGUCCACUCAGUGGAGAAGAAUGAGUUCUGGAGUCCCCUGCUGGAGAAGGCCUAUGCAAAGGUGAAUGGCAGCUAUGAAGCUCUUUCUGGAGGCCUGGCCACUGAAGCCUUUGUGGACUUCACUGGAGGCAUUUCAAAAUGCUACACACUGAGCAAAGCUCCUCCAAACCUGUUCAGCAUCAUGAAGAAAGCGCUCAGUCGGGGUUCUUUGCUGAGCAGCUCCAUAUCUCCCAGCACUGCAAAUGAAAAAGAAGCAAAGACCAAAGAGCACCUGGUGACCACACAUGCCUAUUCCAUCACUGGGGCAGAAGAGGUACAUGUGGGUGAGAGUCAAGUGGAGCUGGUGCGUCUCAGGAACCCGUGGGGUCACAUGGAAUGGAACGGCGCUUGGAGUGAUGACUCCAAAGAGUGGGAUCAAGUCUUGCCGGAGGAGAAAGCCAAACUGGAUCACUCAGCAGACGAUGGAGAGUUCUGGAUGGCGUUCUCAGACUUUGUGCAGCGGUACUCAGUGGUGGAGAUCUGUAACCUGACUCCAGAUGUGUCUAGCAGUGAUGAGGUGGGACAGUGGAACCUGUUCCAGUUUGAGGGAAGCUGGAAGGUGGGCUCUACUGCUGGCGGCUGCAGCAACCACCCAGCUACAUUCAGCUUAAACCCCCAGUUUCUGAUAAAGCUCGAGCAUGUGGACCGCAGUGACCACGAUGGAGGUCAAAACUGCUCUGUUCUUGUGGGUCUGAUGCAGAAAGGAGGACGCAGAGAGAGAGAGUUGGGCCAUGACUACAACUUCAUUGGCUUUGUCGUCUACAAAGUUCCAGAUGAGCGUAAAGGCCGCACAGACGUCCACCUAGGUCCUGAUGAUCUGCGGCGUCUGAGCCCGGUGGCUAGAAGCAGCUUCGUGAACACUCGGGAAGUGUGCGAGCGCUUCCAGCUGCCUCUUGGAGAGUACGUCAUCAUUCCCUCCACAUACGAGCCCAACCAUGUGGGCAGCUUUCUGCUGAGGGUGUUCUCUGAGAAAUAGACCCCCUCCAGACCCAGUGACGGCGCAAGACCCUGCUGAACUGAUAUCAAGCCCUUCGAAAUCUGCCUUUUAGUUUUGUCAGAAUGUUUAAAUGGGAUUAUGUUGCUAGUUAUAUAAUGAAUUAUAGACAUUUAGCUACAUACGUAUAACUAACAGUAGUUAUGUAAUGAUUCUGUAUUCAUGAGUCUGAGACUUUUUUUUGCAAGCAGAAAUUAAAAGUUAGCAAACGAGCUAAUUAGCAGGCUAUUGCUAGAAACGUUAACUUACUGCUAUUAGUUUAAUGUAAGACUUUAUUUUGCCAUUGAGGUUAUGUGGUCAUUUCAUUUACACUUAGGUUUCAGGUUUGGUAAAUCUAUUAAAGGUUCAUGGAGUUUCCAGUUAGGGACCUUGGGAAUGUUUGCAGAGAACCUUUCUCGAAAAAGUGAUUUUUAUGUCCUUUGUGGAACCAAAAAUGGUUCUGCAUGGUAGAUUUAUUUUUAUUUUACAAUCAGGUCUAUAAAUAUUUGGAUGUUGACAAAGUUAUUGUUAUUUUAUCUGUUUAACAAAGCAUAUUGGAGUUGAAAGUAAAUAAAGAGUAUGAGCUCAAA